GCUGGGGCGAUCACGUGACUCGCGUCAGCUGACUUGUCGCGGUGAAACCCGGCGCUGGCGCCCUGCAGCCCCUGCCUGGCCGCGCCGGGAGCACAGAACCUGCUGAGGGGUAAGAGUCCCCUCUGCCCUCCCCUCUUCUGCCGCCGGCUCACCCCCAAACCCUUUUACCCCAGUUCCUGUCCCUUGCCCAUCCUAACCCGCCCGGCCUGGCACCCCGGAAGCCUUCCGGAUCAGGGCUGAGGCCGGGCCCGGCCCAGCGCUGCCCCCAGGCGGUCAGGAGGAGAUGGCCCAGGGGAGCGGGGGCCAGCAAGUUGCUUUUACCACCCGGGCCGAGGGCUGGUCUCCACCCCCAAGCCCUGACAUGGAGGAGCUGCUCCGGAGCGUGGAGAGGGACUUGAACAUCGAUCCCCGGCAGCUGGCUCCGGCUUCGGGGGGCACCCACGUGGUGGCCCUAGUGCCCGCGCGCUGGCUGGCUAACCUCCGUGAGCGCCGGCAGCCCCUGGGACCCUGCCCCCGGACAGAGGGACUGGGAGAAGCGGAAGUCAGGACUCUCCUGCAACGUUCGGUGCAGAGGCUGCCCCCGGGUUGGACACGUGUGGAGGUGCACGGGCUGCGGAAGCGGAGACUGUCCUAUCCGCUGGGUGGGGGCCUGGCCUUUGAGGAGGGGUCUUGCAGCCCCGAGACCCUCACUCGCUUCAUGCAGGAGGUGGCUGCCCGGAAUUAUCGCAACCUGUGGCUCCGUGCAUACCACACUUACGGGCAGCCCUAUAGUCAUAGCCCUGCACCCUCAGCUACCCUAGCUCUGGACUCAGUUCGGCAGGCUCUGCAGAGGGUCUAUGGCCGUGCCUUCCUGCCAGUGGGUGAAGCUACCCAUUGCCCACCUUCUGCCAGAGAUGGCCCUUGCCCACUGCGGGGCAGUUCCAUCUGCCCCAGCCUUUUGCGAGCGGAGGCCCUGCUGGAGUCACCAGAGAUGCUGUACGUGGUACAUCCUUAUGUGCAGUUCUCCCUGCAUGAUGUGGUUACCUUCAGCCCUGCCAAGCUGACCAACAGCCAAGCCAAGGUGCUCUUCAUUCUUUUCCGUGUACUGCGGGCCAUGGACGCUUGUCACCGCCAGGGGCUGGCCUGUGGAGCCCUGUCUUUGCACCACAUCGCUGUGGAUGAGAAGCUCUGCAGCGAGCUUCGCCUAGACUUGACCGCUUAUGAGAGGCCCAUGGAUGAUGAGAACGAGGAGGCAAGGGAUGGGGCAGGCACGGGGCCUGGAGAGGCGAGGAAAGAGGGACCUGGGUGUCCCACCUGCCAGGAGGAACUUCAGAGCCUCGUGGUAGAAUGGGUCCAUGGCCGCAUCAGCAACUUCCACUACCUCAUGCAGCUGAAUCGGUUGGCAGGUAGGCGGCAGGGAGAUCCCAACUACCACCCAGUGUUGCCCUGGGUGGUGGACUUCACCACUCCCCACGGGCGCUUCCGAGACCUGCGCAAGUCCAAGUUCCGCCUCAAUAAGGGGGAUAAGCAGCUGGACUUCACAUAUGAGAUGACGCGGCAGGCUUUUGUUGCAGGGGGUGCAGGCGGCGGGGAGCCCCCUCACGUUCCUCACCACAUCUCAGAUGUGCUCUCUGACAUCACAUACUACGUGUACAAGGCUCGGCGCACUCCCCGAUCGGUGCUUUGUGGACAUGUCCGUGCGCAGUGGGAACCCCAUGAGUAUCCUGCCAGCAUGGAGCGGAUGCAGAACUGGACCCCCGACGAGUGCAUCCCUGAGUUCUACACUGACCCCUCUAUCUUCUGCUCCAUCCACCCCGACAUGCCUGAUCUGGACGUGCCAGCCUGGUGCAGCUCCAGCCAGGAAUUUGUGGCUGCCCACCGAGCCCUGCUGGAGAGCCAAGAAGUGUCCCAAGAUCUGCAUCACUGGAUUGACUUGACCUUUGGCUAUAAACUCCAGGGCAAGGAGGCGGUGAAGGAGAAGAAUGUGUGCCUGCACCUGGUAGAUGCCCACACCCACCUGACCAGCUAUGGUGUGGUGCAGCUCUUCGAUCAGCCACACCCUCAGCGCUUGGCUGGGACUUCUGCCCUGGCCCCUGAGCCUCCCCUCAUUCCCAGACUGUUGGUCCAGACCAUCCAGGAGACCACAGGCCGGGAGGACAUCCCUGGACAGCUUACAAAUGGUGUGGGUAGGCUGGUUUUAGAGGCUAUUCCCUGUGAGGCGAGCUGGACCAGGGACAGGCCUGUGGCAGGAGAGGAUGACUUGGAGCAAGCCACAGAAGCUCUGGAUUCCAUCUCCCUUGCUGGGAAGGCAGGUGACCAGCUGGGCUCCUCCGGUCAAGCUCCCCCUGGCCUCCUGUCUUUCUCAGUGGCCUCAACCUCUCGACCAGGCCGUAGGAACAAAGCUGCUGGGACAGACCCUGGGGAGGGAGAGGAGGGGAAGAUCCUUCUUCCCGAGGGCUUCAAUCCCCUGCAGGCUCUGGAGGAGCUGGAGAAAAUGGGCAACUUCCUGGCCAAAGGCCUAGGGGGCCAGUUAGAGGCACCCACGCAGCCCCGGGUCCAGCCACCUGUGCAGCUGCAGGACCUCUUCCAUCGGGACAUGCAGGCGCUGGGUGUGCUGUUGGCUGAGAUGGUGUUUGCCACCAGGGUCCGGACUUUGCAGCCUGAUGCACCUUUGUGGGUCCGCUUUGAGGCUGUUCGGGAGCUCUGCAUGCGCCACCCCAAGGAGGUCCCUGUGUCUUUGCAGCCCAUGCUAGACACGCUCCUGCAGUUGAGUGGAUCAGCAGGCCCUGUGGGAGUGGAGAGGGGCAAGCUACACCCACUGUUUGAGUACAGGCCUGUCUCCCAAGGAUUGCCCCCACCCUGCCCUGCCCAGCUGCUCAGCCCCUUCAGCUCCGUGGUUCCCUUCCCUCCGUACUUCCCGGCAUUGCACAAGUUCAUCCUGCUGUACCAGGCAAGGCGCGUGGAGGACGAGGCCCAGGGGCGGGAACUGGUGUUUGCAUUGUGGCAGCAAUUGGGUGCCGUGUUGAGUGACAUCACUCCUGAGGGCCUGGAAAUCCUGCUGCCUUUUGUGCUGUCACUCAUGGCUGAGGAGCACACCGCCGUGUACACAGCCUGGUACCUGUUUGAACCUGUCGCCAAGGCACUGGGCCCCAAAAAUGCCAAUAAAUACCUCCUGAAGCCUCUCAUUGGUGCCUACGAGAGCCCCCACCGGCUGCACGGCCGCUUCUACUUGUACACAGACUGCUUUGUGGCGCAGUUGAUGGUGCGGCUGGGCCUGCAGGCCUUUCUCGUCCACCUGCUGCCCCACGUGCUACAAGUGCUGGCUGGUGUGGAGUCCUCCCAGGACGAACGCAAAGGCCUGGUGGGGGCUGCUGAGGAUGAGGAGAGUGGGCUCCCAGGGCCUGGUCCCAGCUCCUGUGCCUUCGGGGAGGAAAUUCAGAUGGAUGAGGAACCAGCUGCCUCCUUGGGCCUGGGGCUUCCCGACUACACAUCUGGCGUCAGCUUCCACGACCAGGCCGACCUCCCAGACACAGAGGACUUCCAAGCCAGGCUCUACGUGGCUGAGUCGCCACAUCCCCAGGAGGCUGAGGCCGUGAGCUUGGGCCGGCUGAGCGACAAGAGCAGCACCAGCGAGACCUCCCUGGGCGAGGAGCGGGCUCCUGAUGAGGGCGGUGCCCCUGUGGACAAGAGCAGCCUCAAGUCAGGCGACAGCAGCCAGGACUUGAAGCAGAGCGAGGGCUCCGAGGAGGAGGAGGAGGAGGAGGAGGAGGAGGAAGGCUGUGUGGUGUUGGAGGAGGAGGCAGGGGAGCAGGACGAAGUCACUGAGGCAUCUGAGCUCACACUGUCCGACACGGUGCUGUCCAUGGAGACAGUUGUGGCAGGUGGCGAUGGGGGAGACGUGGAGGAAGAGGAGGAACCGCUGAGCGAACAGUCAGAGGGCAAAGAGCAGAAGAUUCUCCUUGAUACUGCCUGCAAGAUGGUCCGCUGGCUGUCCGCCAAGCUCGGCCCCACAGUGGCCUCUCGCCACGUGGCCCGGAACCUGCUCCGCCUGCUGACAUCUUGUUACGUGGGGCCGGCCCGGCAGCAGUUCACAGUGAGCAGUGGCGAGAGCCCCCCGCUGAGCGCCGCCGGCACCAUCUACCAGAAGCGGCCAGUCCUGGGUGAUAGAGUGUCGGCGCCUGUGCUCGGCUGCCUCCUCCACCUCGCCCACCUGUAUGGGGAGCCCGUCCUUACCUACCAGUACCUGCCCUACAUCAGCUACCUGGUGGCCCCUGGUGGUGCCUCAGGCCCCAGCCGCCUGAACAGCCGCAAGGAGGCCGGGCUGCUGGCCGCGGUGACACUGACUCAGAAGAUCAUCGUGUACCUCUCGGACACCACCCUCAUGGACAUCCUGCCCCGUAUCAGCCAUGAGGUCUUGCUGCCUGUGCUCAGCUUCCUCACUUCCCUCGUCACGGGGUUCCCCAGUGGGGCCCAGGCCCGGACUGUCCUGUGCGUGAAAACCGUCAGCCUCAUCGCCCUCAUCUGCCUGCGCAUUGGGCAGGAGAUGGUCCAGCAGCACCUCAGUGAGCCUGUGGCUGCCUUCUUCCACAUCUUCUCUCAGCUGCACGAGCUUCGACACCAGGAUCUGAAGCCGGAUUCUGCAGGCCGCAGUGAGGCCCAGCUGCCGGAGGUGGCCUUCUCCGAUGGGCAGCUGCGGCCGGGGGGCCCCACCCUGUUGGACGAGCUGCAGAAGGUGUUCACCUUGGAGAUGGCGUACACAAUCUACGUGCCCUUCUCCUGCCUGUUGGGUGACAUCAUCCGGAAAAUCAUUCCCAACCAUGAGCUGGUCGGGGAGCUGGCGGGGCUAUAUUUGGAGAGCAUCAGCCCUACCAGUCGCAGCCCUGCCAGUGUGGAGCCCACCGUACCCAGCACUGGUCCCGAGUGGGAUCCCCAAGGUGGAGGCUGUCCCCAGGAUGACAGCCACUCAGGGACCUUUGGAAGUGUCCUAGUUGGAAACCGCAUCCAGAUCCCUAAUGACUCUCAGCUCGAGAGCCCUGGCCCACUGGGCACCAUCUCUGGGCUGGGAGGUGGGGGCCCCAGCAGUGGGAGCGAGGACAACGCCCUGAAGCGGGAGCUGCCACGGAGUGCCCAUGGGCUGAGCGGGAACUGGCUGGCCUACUGGCAGUACGAGAUCGGCGUGAGCCAGCAGGACGCCCACUUCCACUUCCACCAGAUUCGCCUGCAGAGCUUCCCGGGCCACUCGGGGGCUGUCAAGUGCGUGGCGCCCCUGAGCAGCGAGGACUUCUUCCUGAGUGGCAGCAAGGACCGUACUGUGCGGCUCUGGCCACUGUACAACUACGGGGAUGGCACCAGUGAGACGGCCCCGCGCCUUAUCUAUGCUCAGCACCGCAAGAGUGUCUUCUUCGUGGGCCAGCUUGAGGCCCCACAGCAUGUGGUGAGCUGUGACGGGGCCGUGCACAUCUGGGACCCCUUCACAGGGAAGACCCUUCGUGUCGUGGAGCCGUUGGACAGCCGGGUGCCCCUGACCGCCGUGGCCGUCAUGCCCGCCCCCCACACCAGCAUCACCAUGGCCAGCUCUGACUCGACCCUGCGUUUCGUGGACAGCAGGAAGCCUGGGCUGCAGCACGAGUUUCGCCUGGGUGGUGGGCUUAACCCCGGACUCGUGCGCGCUCUGGCGGUUAGCCCCAGUGGCCGUAGCGUGGUGGCCGGCUUCUCCUCGGGCUUCAUGGUGCUCCUGGACACCCGCACGGGCCUGGUUCUGCGAGGCUGGCCAGCCCACGAGGGGGACAUCCUGCAGAUCAAGGCUGUAGAGGGUAGCGUCCUGGUCAGCUCCUCCUCUGACCACUCCUUGACUGUCUGGAAGGAGCUGGAGCAAAAGCCGACACACCACUACAAGUCGGCAUCCGACCCCAUUCACACCUUUGACCUGUACGGCAGCGAGGUGGUCACCGGCACCGUGGCCAACAAGAUCGGCGUCUGCUCCCUGCUUGAGCCACCCUCUCAGGCCACCACGAAGCUCAGCUCGGAGAACUUCCGCGGCACGCUCACCAGCCUGGCCUUGCUGCCCACCAAACGCCACCUCCUGCUGGGCUCAGACAACGGGGUCAUCCGCCUCCUGGCAUAGGCUGAGCGGGAGCUGGCCAGCAGAGAUGGGCAGAGGUCUCUCUCGAGUCCUCUGCUCCCCCUGCUGCCCUCGCAGCUCCCUCCAGGCAGGCCCCAUGCCCUGUCUACCCACAGCCUGCCAGUAUGAGUCUUCAACUGGAGUGAGGGGGGUCCUGACUUUUGGAUCCCCAGUCACCAGGACUGCCAGAGAGGUCCCAUUCAUGGUUUGGGGACAUGUUCCUCACUAGCAGGAAACAGAGACGAAAAAGCAUCAUCACCCUCACUUCUCCCCAACUCUGCCCUCUGGGUCCACAGAGACGAAGAAACCCCAGGAAGGGGAAGGAAGGCUGGCCCUGCCCAGCCAGUCUCUAGCCACGCACCGCCAUCCCCAUAACUGCGAUUUCUCUGCCCCAUCCCUCAUCCAGGGCACUGCUGGUGCUUGGACUCCAGCCUGUGGAGUGCUGGCCAUGGUUUCGGAGUUAAGGACCUUGGUCUGGGGUUUUAAGUGUCCACCCAGCCAGGCCCUGCCCAGUGUGGGACCAAGAGGGGAAGAAAGGCUAGGACCAGGGGGAAAAGGAAGGCUGAGCCAGCUGGUGCCUACCAGGAGUGACCCCACGCUAUGCCUGUCCACCCCUCACCAGUGUUUGUGCCUUGAGCUGAGGAGGCAGCCCCUGGGCCUUGAACCUCUGGAGGACAGGGGAGGUUCCAGGACCCUGAGAGGAAGGGGAAAGAAGAAUCGUCUCUGCAUCUCAGGCCCUCCCGGGGACGGGAAGACCCAGGCACCCUUGGGCCCUCACAUCCUAGAGCAGAGAUGAGGUCUGAGGCCGGCCCCUCCUGCCUCCUCACUAUUUGCAAUAGAUGUAAAUAUGACCAAUAAAUCCUUUGGAAGGGCCACUGCACAGCGUGAGGCUUGUCUUGGUGGUGGUUGCAUGGUGGAGAAAAGCUGGGACCCGGCAGCUUUGGCAGGUAGGGGUGAGGAGUAGGGCAGACUGGUGAGGGGGCACCCAUGGGGUGCAGGGCUUCUGGUUCGUGCAAACCCAGACUAGUCUCUAGAACCUUGGGGUGGGUAAGAAAGCAUCACUUCUGAAGAAGGGUACUAGGAGAGGCUGCACCCCUCUGCAUCUCUCCUCUCCCCACCCCUUCUGGGCCCAGCCUGAAGGCAGCCAGCGUAUCCUGGGCGUAUAAGGGCUGGGGGUGGGCACGCUAUCCUGGGCUCUCUGCAUUGGCUCCUGCAGCCUCCUCUCCCCUCCCCUUAGGAGUGGGAGGCAGUAGUGGGGAAGAGGCGAGAACAUUGGAAGUGGGAUUCCGGAUAUGACUCGGCCCAGCUCUGUGUCCUUGGGCAGGUCACGUAGCCUCUCUGAGCCUGGCUGAACUAGGGAUUAUCCCUACCUCGGUUGCUGGAAGGCUUGGCAUAGUGACAGGCCCCAGCGCUUCUUGGAUCUGCCCUCUUGGCUUGUCAGACCCACCCUCCUGAACCGUGUCCCGAUCUUCCUUUCUCCACACUCAGGUGGGACUCAAAUCCUUGGAGGUUCUAGCUAGCUGUUUUAGGAUGAUUAAUAGAGGCAGUGCUGGGAAAGGGGCUUCUGGUCCCGGUAUCAAUGUUUAACUGGACAUGCAGGUCAAUAUUUACCAGAAGGGAAAGCAGUCUACACAGGGGUUGGCUGAGAGCAAAGGUCCUGGUGGGAGGGAGGGCUAGGCUGGGCUGGCUGCAACCUGGGCAGAGUGUGGGGAGCACCCAAGUGGGGCCAGAGGAACAUCGCGUGCGGCAGCAAGGAGCCUGCAGAGGACUUGGCUGAGGCAGUGAACACGUGGGCAAGAUUCUGAGGUCCAGCGUGGGGCGAGGUGGGGACUGAGCCUUCCGUCCUGACACAGGAACAU